AUGCAUAACAUGAUGGGUUUACCUAUGGAAGGUGAUGAUCUGAGUAGAAUGCCUUACUGUGAAACCGAAAAUGAGAUUCUAGAAGAAUGGAAAGCACAAUAUGUAGACAAGAAGUAUCAUAGUGAAGCAUAUGUGAAACAUAUUAGAAGUAUAGAAGAACACAAUGUGAUAUUCAGGUUGAACUUUCUUAUUCUGUUCAUUAACACCUUCAUAGAGUCAAUGGUUGGUGGCACCAAUAAUAUCAAAGUGGUUGAGAAGCUAGUUCUAGUGAAGGACUUUUCCAAAAUUGAUUGGUGUAAGUACAUGUUGGACAGCCUACGAAGUAGAAACGAAUUGUGGAUAAGGGAUGACAAAACAUGCUACUACUUGGGCCCAAUUACGUUGUUAUUGUUGUCAUAUGUGUAUUACGUGAGGUUUGAAAAUAUAAAGUUGGAUAAAAUGAUACCAUUUAUUGCACAUGUCAAGGGUGAUAAGCUUAUACAAAUACAAGAAUUCGAAAUUAAGUUUGGAGGGUUCGGGAUGCAAUUCAGAGAUAGUAGCUUAAAUGAUGCGAGAAUGGGGUGUGAAGAAGAGGAGGAAGAAUGCGAACUUUAUGGGGACAUUGAGGCCUUUGCUGCUGUGUUGGAGCACUUUUUUGGUAAAUUGCUAGCAAAGAAUAGUAAAAUGGAAGUUGCAUUAAAAGAUGGUUUGAAAAAAAUUACAGACAAUAAAGUUUUGAAAGAGUGCGUAAUUAAAAAAAAUGAGUUGUUUAAUGAGAAUGAUUAUGAUAAGGAGAAUGAUAAUGAAAAUGAUAUUCCAUACCAUGGAAAAGAAAUUGUUGAAUAUCAAGGGGAUUUGUCACCUAUUAGGGGUUUGGUACGUAAGAGCAAGGAUGUAGAUGAAGGAUGUAGUUAUGUGGCACCACGUACGGAAAAUGAAAUCACACAUGAUGAUCUUACAAUGACUCGGUUUUAUAAGUUACCGGGUGUGAUGGAUGAAAUGAUAGAUAUGGCAACUAAAACUAAGAUUAUGUUUUCAAGUAGUAAACGUGUAGAAGAAGAAGAGAAUCCAACGUACUGUUGUGUUUGGAUUUAA